GGACUUUUAGCGCGGUGCACCCUGGGUCCUUCCUUUCGGUCCCAGGCUCGCUUGUGAAAACAUGGGAAAGUGUCGUGGUCUGCGUACUGCCAGGAAGCUCCGUAACCACCGUCGUGAGCAGAAAUGGCACGAUAAACAAUACAAGAAGGCCCAUCUGGGCACAGCCCUGAAGGCCAACCCCUUCGGAGGAGCCUCUCACGCCAAAGGCAUCGUACUUGAGAAAGUAGGAGUGGAGGCUAAGCAGCCCAACUCUGCCAUCAGGAAAUGUGUGAGGGUUCAGCUCAUCAAGAACGGAAAGAAGAUCACCGCCUUCGUCCCCAACGAUGGUUGCCUCAACUUCAUUGAGGAGAACGAUGAGGUUCUGGUGGCAGGAUUCGGACGUAAAGGUCACGCUGUGGGAGAUAUUCCCGGUGUCCGUUUCAAGGUGGUCAAGGUUGCCAACGUGUCCCUGCUGGCUCUCUACAAAGGCAAGAAGGAGAGACCUAGGUCAUAGACAGUUGAUGCAGAAAAUAAAAUAAACACGUUUUCAAAAUACAA